AUGGAAGCCGGUCUUCUCUCCUUCUCUUCUUCCUUGUCUCCUCUCUGCCAUAACAGAACCUUAGCCCUUAAUUCCAAAAUCUCGAAAGCCGGAAACUACCCUCGUCUCCCAAUCAUCAGAUCCGCCGUGUCUCGCACCAAAAAGGAAGAAACCGUGGAGACCGUCAAGUCCCACCUCGAGAACUGCCACCUCCUCGCCGCCAUCAACUACAAAGGCCUCACCGUCAAGCAGUUCCAAGACCUCCGGAGAACUCUCCCAGAGACCACCAAGCUCGUCGUCGCCAAGAACACUUUGGUCUUCAAGGCCAUCGAAGGCACCAAAUGGGAAGCUCUCAAGCCUUGUAUGAAGGGAAUGAACGCUUGGCUCUUUGUCCAAACCGACGAAAUCCCCACCGCCAUCAAACCCUACCGGAGUUUCCAGAAGGAACGCAAGCUCGAAGACAAUGACUUUGCCGGCGCCGUUUUCGAAGGUAAGUUCUACGCUCCAGACAAUUUCAAAGUUCUCGAGACAAUGCCCACUCGCGCUGAGGUCUACGCUAAGCUGCUCGGUUCUCUGCAAUCUCCGGCGAUUAAUCUCGUCUCUACUUUACAAGCACCGGCGAUUGAGGUUAUAAUGACGCUCAAGGCUUAUGUCAAGAAACUGGAAGAUGAGAGUAAUAAUGCAUAG